GUUUGACCUGGCAAAAGCCGACGGACGAUGGGAGCGCGGUGGCAAGUAGUCGUCCAGGCGCUGGAAGCAGCUUUACAGCCAGCGGGCCUUGAUCUCGUCGCGCCGCUGAGCGUCGGCGUGUACAACGCAGCGGUGCCAGAGGCGUACAAGAUCCCGUUGCCCGAGACGGGGCUUCUUGUCAUGGUGGGCAACACGAAGCGACUCUGGGAGCCAUUCCUUGCAUCCAUCGACGACCUCGACUGCAUUCCGGAGCAUCCGCUCAACGAGUAUGCCAUGCGAGUUGUGACGCAAGCCGUCUCGACGCUCAUCGACGUUCCCGACAAGGUGUACUGGGUGCACGAGACCGAACCAGGAAAGAUGGUCGCGGCCCAGCGCAUGAUCGUCGCGUCCGGCCUUGCGAAUUUGUCCGAGGAGCUCCACUUGACGGUGCACCCGACGUUCGGGCCAUGGUACGCCCAGCGCGCUGUUGUCGCUUUUGGGAGCGUGCUUGGGCCGACGCAGCCCGUGUUUGCUGCGGCACCCUUGGACAUCGCCCCCGAGGUGCGCGCGGCCAUGAAGGCGCAGCUCGACGAAGCGCUCUCGCUCUCGCAGCUCCCGACGCCGAUGAACUGGACGAUGUGGCUGCGCCCGCGCAUUACCUUUGACCCGAAGCACGCGUUCAUGUACUCGCCGGCACAGACCAUGUUUCACUACUCGAAAUCCGUCGACGACCGCCGGCGGAUCUUGCGAGCCGCCAAGCUCGGCUGGCCCCUCGACAACAUUCUCGAGACACCAUCCAUGUCCGUCCUCGCGUGCCGACACCUGCUUCAAGACGUGCUUCAAGAAACGGCGGCGAAGGCCCCGCAGGCCAUCUUGCUCAGCGGUGGACUCGACACCUCGAUCCUGGCGCAAGCCACGCCGAUGUCGUUCCAGGAUGUGUGUGCAACGUCGCGAUUUGGACCGCCAAUUCUUUCGAUGCUGCGCGGAGGUAUCACGGUGCGUGCAGCUCCCGAGGCGCAAGACGCUGUGUACGCGGCCCGCAUCUGCGAGAAGCUCGGGCAAGUGACGCACCACUGCUUGGAGGAGACGAUCGAGAACCUGCUCUUGCACGCGAGAAGCGUCAGCCGCCUCCUCGUCUCGUUCGACCCGAUGGAACUUCGCAACUCAAUCGUGAUUUACCGCUCGUUGCUCGAAGCCAAAGCACUUGGUUACACUUGCGUCGUGACGGGCGACGGAGCCGACGAACUCUUCGCAGGCUACUCGUUCUUUCAGAGCAUGGACACGGAGAAGCUCGCAGCAUACCGCCUCUGGAUCGCUCGGAUCAUGCGCUUCUCGUCGAAAACUCUCGCAGCGUCAAUGGGCAUUGACGUUCUCAGCCCGUUUUUGGACCCGCGGGUCGUCGCCUUUGCUCUGGCCCGGCCGCGCGACGAGCUCAUUAGUGAUAAGACGCCAGUGCCCGACGGCAACAUCCAUGGCAAGCGGCUCUUGCGGCAGGCGUUCCCAGAGGCAACGUCGCAGUGGCGCGCUAAGGAGCCCAUUGAACAAGGCGCCGGGACGACCCAACUUCGGAAAGGCUACUUUGACGCGUACCCGCCCAACACGUCGUUUGACGAUGUUGCCGCCGCAUGCUAUGCCCAGCACCGCAUCGUGAUCCGCGACCGCGAGCACUUGUACUUUUCCGGCAGUUCCUCGACGCGUUCGACGGCGACUUGCGCAAUGUGCCGCUCUCCCGGGGCGACGCAGACGGCUGUCCGGCCUGCGGGUUUUCGCUGGUCUCCAAGGACAACGACUUUUGCACCACAUGCGGCUUCUGGCCCGCGCGCACGACGGACGCCAACAAGUCGAUGGCCCAGCGGGCGCUCCUCGAUCUUGCAUCGCGUAUCCAAGCGCUAGAAACGCACCACCCCGUCGACGUGUCAGCCUGAGCUCGCAGAGGCACUACAAUACAUAGAUGCUACUUGAAUGUGCAUUUGGACGAAUGGUCGAUGCCCAGACAACAAAUAUACUGGA